CGUCAUUUUAGCAGAAGAGGAAAAAGCAUUUGCAAAUAAGGCCGCUGAAAAGUGCAGUUAGUUUCUUUUUAAAAAAAUGAGUUUUAUGCAACCGAGUCCUGUUAAGUACGCGUGCUCUUGUGGCAUUCUAAAUCCGAUCAAUAAACUAUUCUUCUGUCGCCACUGUCCGAAACUGCGAUGUGGUUUCUGCGUUUGCCAUGAGAUUGAGUCACACUUUUGUUCUAAUUGCCUGGAGAAUAUUCCCUCUUCUGAAGCCCGACACAAAAAGAACUGUUGCGCCAACUGCUUCGAUUGUCCUUGCUGCCAGCACACGCUGUCCGCCCGGGCCACCACUGUUCCAGUUGUGCGCAAAACCGAGGAACCCAAGGAGGGGGAAAGCGGAGCGGACGUCACGCCCAGUUCAAAGCCCUCGGCCUUGCCUACAACAAAGAAAAUGUAUUACUUAUCGUGUCUGUCGUGCCGUUGGACGACGCGUGACGUUGGCAUACCUGAUCAGGGAGUGGCAACAGGCACCUGGCCGGACAACGAGUGCCUGUACCAGGUGCGUUUCAACACCCUUCUGGAGUACUACCAGUCGGUGGUGCUGCAGGAGAAGCAGGAGAAACAGGAGUUCAUGCGCCGCAAGGCGCCCAAGCAGCACAAGUUUCCCAGUCUGACCGAUCGCACGGGUCUGACCGUCUCCCUGAUACGUCGUCAAAUCGGAUGGACCGAGAAGAGUGUACCCAAAUCGAAGCCUAUCAACAUCACACCCGCUGAGGCCACCGCAGAGGUGGAUCCUCUGCCGGAGGACAUUUUCACGCAGCCGAUAAAUCUGCGCAACAUAACGACAAUAGCACAAAGACACAGCCAGCCAGCUGAUCAGCCAACGGAAGUGAGCAAUCUAUAUCCACAGCGACGUUCCUUGUGGAUCAAGCGAUCGUUGCGUUGCCGCCAAUGCGAGCACAAUCUCAUCAAGCCGGAAUAUCACCCAACAUCCAUCAAGUAUCGCAUUCAGCUCUUUGCCAGCUACCAUGUCCCAGAGGUUGUCAUGGUGCGUUGUGAGCAGCCACUGCAGCCUGGCCAGAGCAAUGCCAUAUUGCUGAAGUUCACCAAUCCCACCAUGUAUGACAUGACAAUAAGUAUACUGGAUGCACCGCCCAAGGAUGCACAAAUCAAUGCGGAUGCCUUUCAGCAGGCAUGCAGAAUUAAGGAGGAAGCUGUUACCUCUUCCCCUCUGCUUAAAGCCUCUGGCGUAAACUUGGCACGCCAGAAUUCCACUAGAGAAGUGAAGCGUGAAGUACGUGAGCUGACCAAUGCAACAAUUGUGCCGCUAGAGAGUGAAUUUGUGCUGAACCAACGCGAUGAUUCCAAGGAGUUCGACGAGGACGUGCAGGCGCCAAUCGAGGAGCCCAAGUUCAUUGUUUGGCGCAAGGGCAACAAGGUCUUACUGCGACUGCAGUUCAGCCCAUCAUCAGAGCUGCAGCCUGGCAGUGAUGUUACUCUGGGCUUCUAUAUGCAGUACACAUACGUUAACACCGUCACCAACACUCCUGACAAGAAGGAGCCGACCACACAUGCACUCUACUCCAGGAUCUUCAUUGAUGCGGGCGACAUUGCCAACUAGCAUGUUGAGUCGAGACAAAGAGAGAGUAUAUAGAGUCAACACAAAUCGAUAUUAACCCGCUUUAAUAAUGCUAAACAAAAUGUAUUUAUGUUACUAAUUUAAGCAAAUGCUUGUCGAGCGAUUAGUAUUACGCUUUGCACUGGCCAAACUGCAUCCCAUUCUAUGUAUAUCAUAAUAAAAUCAUACGAUCUAA